AUGGCUGGGCCCGCAAACCGUAACCCUAAAGUUACGUCGGGGCCAGGGCUGCGAGACAUGAAGGCGCAGUGGGGCAGUAUAAUACCGGCCAUCACCGACACCUGGGCGGUGAACGCUGACUGCAACGGAUUCGGAAGUGUCACGUGCAACGGUGCUGGCCUCGUGACAACUAUAGACUUGAAAAAAAACGAUCUUACAGGCUCCCUUCCUGCGACCAUUAGCGUCUUCAACAGCCUUGAAUACCUCUAUAUGGGCGAGAACCUUCUAACGGGCUCACUCCCAUCGACCUUCACCAAGCUCGUUUCUCUCAAGUUAUUUGACGCCAAUCACAAUCAGAUCAGUGGGCCCCUGCCUGAUGGUAUCGGUGCUCUCACUAACAUGUAUCAACUGCAGCUGUAUGACAACCAAUUGGAUGGGCCACUCCCAGCAUCCUUCACCCAGCUGACCGAGCUAAGAAUAUGCGAGAUUUUCAACAACCAGAUUUCGGGAUCUCUACCAGAGACGCUUGGGAGUCUCUCCCAACUGAUAUCGUUCCGUGCCCAGAACAACCUCUUUUCGGGUUCCGUGCCUUCGACUUUAACCACCACGACGAAUCUCGGUUUCCUUCAGUUGAACAACAAUGCCCUGAGUGGAACCAUCCCCACCAACCUGGUCACUAUCACAACGAUUGGAGAUCUAAAUUUGGCGCACAACAAAAUCAGUGGGCCCCUUCCAGCAAAAUGGACGACACCUGAUAUUUUUAAGCUCAAUGUCGGCAACAACCUGUUGACUGGCACUAUACCUGACGAUAUCACAGGCUUGAUCUACCUCACACUGCUGGACCUGAGCUCCAACCGCCUCACUGGCACCAUACCACAAGGUCUUUCUGGUCUUACCGAGCUGGAAACCCUCAAUUUGAGAAACAAUCAGCUCACGGGGAAGGUCCUUGAGCCCGUGCCACCAGCGAUUACGACGUACAAGCUGGACAACAACUACUUGAGUCAGGGGUUCUCCUCCCCCCCACCGUGUGAACAAGGCUACUUCACGUUUGGCGGCAACUGUGCGGACGCGCCAGCACAAGGCCUUGUGUGUGGAGACAGUCCUCAGAAGACUGACGCCGUGUGCGCUGCCUUCUGCGGUGUCUCUCCCACUUCACCCGCCUGCAACGGCCAUGGCGUGUGCUUCUUGGACGGCCCCAGCAACACGCCCACAUGCCUCUGUGAUGAUAACUUCGUGGUUGGGGAAUAUCUCGGCAGCUGCGUGCCUGUGGCAGGUGGUAAGAUUGAGCAGGAUUUGACGCCCACAGGAGCCAUGUACACAGCCACUGGAGACGCCUCAGUUGACGCAGCCACACUCACUCUCACGCCCGCCCAGCCGUCCAAGGCUGGCAGUGUGUUCCUGGCAGCGCGCGUGCCGCUCUUCUCCUACCAGCUCAUCGGGGACUCCUGCGGCCGCCAGCUCGCCUUCUCCUCCUCCUUCUCCUUCACUCUCACCCGCCCUGCUGCCUCCGGCUCCGAAGGCUUUGCCUUUGUGGUGGCCUUUGAUGCCACCCCGCCCACAACACCGGUGGCGGGCGGCAUGGGGUAUGCGGGGAUGGGAGCGCGCAGCGUGGCAGUGGAGUUUGACACGUCGAUGGAUGCGGGCAACAGCGACCCUGACAGCAACCACGUGGGCAUCAACACCGGCGGCAGUGUCGUGUCAGUGGUCACAGCCAAGCCAAGCUUCUCUGUCAAUGACGGCAAGCUCAAGUACGCCUGGAUCGAGUACGACCCUUCUUCCGAUGGCUCCCUGCGCGUCUUCCUCUCCUCCCAGGCGUCCCCUCGCCCCACCAAGCCCCUCCUGUCGGCACGCAUCUCCCUGUGUGAGGAGCUCGCGCCAACCACAACGCAGUACACCUUUGCCAUCGGCUUCACUGCUGCCUCGGGCACGCAGGCUCAAAGCCAUGUCGUCUCCGCCUGGCACCUUUCCACGCGUUUUCCUAUCCCGCCAACUCCAGAUGCAUCGCUAGGUUUUACAUUCAGUGAGGCGGCACUCUCUAUAUCGGGGAUGAAUCCCUUUUUCCGCUACGCCAGCUCGGGCAGUGUUGCUGCUCAGAAUGGCAAUGACGUGUAUGGUGUGCAACCUGCAGCUUCAUGGGUUCGCCCUGACUUCACAUGGCCUGUCAGGACUCAAACCCUGACUUGCGGCGACUGCUGGGCGUACGCAGUGGUGGGCAGUAUCGAGGCGGCAUACGGCAUAAUGACCAACACUGCAGCGGUGCAGGCACUCUCAGUGAAGCAGCUGAAGGCCGCCAUGAAGGUCGGCUGCUCUGGCAGCACGCCCUCUCAGGCCUUCCAGCUGCUGCUCAAGCUGGCGCAAAAAGGAGGCGGGCUCGUGUUGGAGAGCCAGGGGUCGGCUGGGAAUUCCAAGAAGGCUGUCGUGAAGGCAGGCAGCAGCAGUCCUCUUUGCUAUCCGUUUCUGAAGCCACUGGCGAAGCUGUUCGGAGUGUCAUGUGGCACUGCUAGCCCACGUCCCCUCGCUACGUUCCCCAUCAGCGGCUUUGAGUCGACGUCCUUCUACGGCUGGUUUGGGCUGCUGCUGGCCGUGCAGCGGCAGCCAGUGGUGGUGCACAUUGAGGCUUCCGCUGACACGUUUAAGGAUUACAAUGGGCUGUACAAGUACCAGGAUCCCGAUUGCUUCACAUACAAGCUGAACCACGUGGUGCUGCUGGUGGGGUACCGCCUGGUGGGCAAGGACUCGCGCUUCCCCCACAUGGCGCCGCCCUUCUGGAUCAUCCGCAACUCAUGGGGGCCUGACUGGGGCGAUGGGGGCCACAUGCGCAUGGACAUCCAGGGGGGCGAUGGCGUGUGCGGCAUCAACUCGCUGCCAGGCCUCUACCCCGUUGUCAGAGCAAAAGAACUGUGCAACAAAGCGGCCCGCGGUGAUGGAAAUGGUGGUUCUCUCUUCAAUCCUUGCGGCAAGUUCACAUGCACUGUGAAGGGCAAGACAAACGAGUGUGACUGCAACGACCUGCGCUUCAUCCAAGCAACCAACGCCGAUGGCUCUCGCACAUGCGCCUACAAGGAUGCAUGCAAGGCAGCCCAGCGCAAUCCGUGUGCGGUGGGGCAAUGUGUGAAUGACGGGGCGGGGUCGUACUCGUGUGUGUGUCCACCGGGCUUCAGGCAGGGCACCACUUCCGAGGGCACUUACUCCUGUGCUCCAGGUGACACCAGCAACACCUACACCGUGCUCUCUCCCAACGUCCGCUGCUCCGACGUCUUCCCGGUCUACGGCCUCACGCUCGCUGAAUUCCAAACCCAGAACCCAUCGGUGUCGUGUGCAGCACCCAUCCCACCCUCCACGGUUCUCAAAGUGGCCAGCCCAGCCUCUCUCAUCCCCUGCUCCGUCUACUACACCACUCAGCAGGGCGACACCUGUGCAGAUCUAGCAUUGUAUUUCACACUACUCUCGUCAGACUGCCCAUCUGACGCCUGUACAGCCGAAUUCCAGGCGCUCAACCCCAGCUUGGACUGCACUGCCAACGGCGGGCUGCUGCAGCCCGAGCAGGCGGUGUGUGUGGAGCGCAUAAGGGAUCAAGUGGGGCUCAUCCCGGUGUGCUCGCAGUACUACCUGGUGCAGAGCGCAGAGACGUGCGAGUCCAUCCGCAACGUGCCCUUCCCCGCUCUGAGUCCUGUUGACUUCUUCCGCCUCAACCGCGGCAUCAAGUGCAGCCGCCUCAUUCCAAAGACCAAUGUUGACGGUUUCACCGGCUUUGAGGCAUGCAUUGCAAGCUCCACGUCGUAUACUCAGGGUAAGUGCCCGCGUGCGAAUGCGUAUGUGGUGGGGACAGGCGACAGGUGCACAGCCCUUCAGGUGAAGUACUUCCGGGGCAUCAAGGGCUGCUACAAGCACAUUAACGGAUACGACUGCAUCGACAAGCUCGUCAAAGCAACCCGCGUGUGCCUGCCCGACAAAGUCAAGCUUGCGAAAGGAGUCUGUGACAACUGA